AAAUUUUGAAGUACGAGACAAAUUGUCACACUUUUCCAAAUUCCUAGUCGAAACCACUAAUACAAUGGUUUUUACAACAAAACCACAUUUAACGACUCCUCUUAAAGUUUUUUGUAAUACCGUGUAAUUUUUUGCGUAUCAUAUACCAUGACUGUGCAAAGUUUGGUAACGUCUUUGUUAAAAUGUCCCAAGUCCUUUCCAUUCAAAAAGCUAUUGGGCGUAACGAAAUUCAAAGUCGACGCUAAAUUGGAUUCGUUUUUAAGCGGCAACAGCGCCCAAUACGUUGAGUUAAUGUACAAACAAUGGCUGAAAGAUCCAAACAGCGUUCAUCCGUCUUGGGACGCGUAUUUUCGCUUAAGUGAAAAAGGCGGAGCGGGCUACACUUCGCCUCCUACAUUGGGGCGCACGAAGCAAGACAUGCCGUUGUCCAAAGCUGGCAACCCCGGCCCUCAAACAAAUCCCGCCAAACCACCGGCUGCAGCUCCCGCGCCCUCCACAGCUGCAGCCGCAGCACCGGCUACGCAAGCUUCUGCUGGUGCAGCUACUAACACUGAUAUCGAGAAGCAUUUGGCCGUUUUCUCACUUAUACGAGGCUUUCAAGUAAGAGGUCAUUUCUUCGCUAAAAUCGACCCGCUUGACAGACCUCCUGCGCAUGGUAUCCUUCCCGUUAAAAGCGGGGUCGCUCCGAAAGUUAUUUUUCCAUUUACUUCAAUAAACGACGGAGAUCUUAACAAAGUAUUUCAGUUACCCCAUGCAACGAGUAUAGGCGGUAAAGAGAAGUCUUUGCCGCUGAAAGAGAUUAUAAAACGUUUGGAAGACGCGUAUUGUCGUUCCAUCGGGUUGGAGUACAUGUACAUUAAUUCUAUAGACGAAUGCAACUGGAUUAGGGAUCGAUUCGAACCGCCCGGCAUUACUAGUAUAUCCAACGAUAAAAAGAAAUUAUGUUUGUCUCGUUUAGCUCGUGCUCAUUUAUUUGAAAAUUUCUGCGCCAGGAAGCACGCCUCGAUAAAGAGAUUCGGUAUAGAAGGAUUGGAAGUGACGAUACCGGCAAUAAAAUCCAUAAUAGACAAGUCAUCGGAAUUGGGCGUGGAAACGUUCGUCAUUGGAAUGGCUCACAGAGGUCGUUUGAAUGUCUUGGUGAACAUUUGUGACAAACCGUUGGUCAAAACGUUGGCGCUGUUUCAAGGUUUAAAACCUGAAGAAGCCGGUACCGGUGAUGUCAAAUACCAUUUGGGCGCGUUCGCCCAGAAAUUGAACAAAGUCACGAAAAAAAAUGUCAAAGUUAUUCUGGUAGCUAAUCCUUCCCAUCUGGAAUCGGUCAAUCCGGUCGCGGUGGGGCGAGUCAGGGCGGAACAAUUUUUCGGAGCGGAUCUCGAAGGCAAAAAGUGCCUGGCAAUUUUAUUACACGGAGACGCCGCUUUUACGGGACAAGGCGUGAAUUUCGAAGUAAUUAACAUCGCCUCGUUACCUUGCUAUACCACCCACGGAACUAUUCACAUCGUCACCAAUAACCAAGUCGGUUUCACAACAGACCGGAUACUCGCUGGUUCUUCCCCAUACUGCACUGAUGUGGGUCGUGUUAUCAACUCCCCGAUAAUACACGUGAACGGCGACGAUCCAGAUGCCGUGGUGUACGUAUCAGAAGUAGCCUCCGACUGGAGACAGAAGUUUCGAAGGGACAUUAUCAUCGACAUAGUUGGGUAUCGAAAGCACGGGCAUCAGGAGGUCGACGAUCCGCUGUUCACCCAACCCGUAUUGUACAACAAAAAGAUCAAACUGAUGAAGCCGUGCUACGAGAAAUACGCCGAGAAGCUGGUGAACGAGAAGAUCGUAACCGCGGCCGAAGUGAAGCAAAUCCAAGACGAUUACGAGAAGCUCAUCAACGCGGACUUCGAGAAGGUAAAAGACGAAAAAACUUUCAGGAUGAAGGAUUGGCUCGACGCUCCUUGGGAUGAAUUCUUCAAAGGUAAAGAUCCGAAUAAAAUGUUGUUUCCCACGGGCGUAACAGAAGACAUCGCCGCGCAUAUAGCUAAAGCCGUUUCUUUGGAACCUCCUGAGUCUACGAAAUUCGUCAUUCACAAAGUCCUCCAGAGAGUUUUGAAAGGUCGUGCGGAUUUGGCGAAAAACCGCCAAAUAGAUUUCGCCAUGGCGGAAGCCAUCGCUUACGGGUCCCUUCUGAAACAAGGCAUUCCCGUUAGAAUAACAGGCGAGGACGUUGAAAGAGGCACGUUCAAUCACAGGCAUCACAUUUACCACCAUCAAAACGUGGAAAACGAAAAAUACUGCCCCAUAAGAAACCUCUACCCCAAACAAGCCGUUUACACAAUUUGCAACAGCAGCCUGUCGGAAUACAGCAUCAUGGGCUUCGAGCACGGCUAUUCGCUAACCAAUCCCCACGCCUUGGUCAUUUGGGAGGCCCAAUUCGGCGAUUUCUCCAACACGGCCCAGCCGAUCAUCGAUCAAUUUCUGUCGUCGGGCGAAUCGAAGUGGGGCCGGCAGUGCGGCAUGGUGUGCCUCAUGCCGCACGGAAUGGAGGGCCAGGGGCCGGAGCACUCGAGCGUGCGGCCCGAGCGGUUCGGCGACAUGACCUGCGAGGAUGCGGAGGUGAUGCCCAAGGAGGACGCGCCGAACUACGUUCUCGAUCAGCUGAGGAACAUCAACUGGAUCGUGGUGAACUGCUCGGUGCCGUCGAACCACUUUCACGCGUUGAGGAGGCAGGUGGCCCUGCCGUUUAGGAAGCCGCUGAUCAUGCUGACUCCGAAGGGCAUUUUGCGGCUGCCCGAGGCGCGCAGUUCCUUCGAUCAUAUACUAGAAGGUACCGAGUUUCAGAGGUUAAUCCCAGACGCGGGACCGGCGAGCAGCAACGCAGGCGAGGUGAAGAAAUUGAUAUUUUGUAUAGGUAAGGUGUAUUAUGACGCCGCCAAAGCGGUCAAGGCGAAGAAAAUGGAAGCGGAAAUAGCAGUCAGUCGCAUCGAACAAAUUGCUCCGUUUCCUUUCGAUUUGGCGAAGAAAGAACUCGAAAAAUAUAAACAAGCUACUGUUCAUUUUUUGCAAGAAGAGCACAAGAACCAGGGCUUUUGGGAUCACGUCGAUCCUCGACUUAGAACCAUUUUAAGAAGCAUGAAUGAUAGAAGGAGAGUUAGUUAUAUUGGGAGAGUGGUUUCAGCUAGUCCGGCCACAGGUUACAAAUAUCAAUACGACGAGCAAUACAAUAAAAUGUUAGCGGACAUUACUUCAUUAGAACAAUCGGAUUCUGGAGGUACUUCUGAAGAUAGUAGUGAAGAUGGUGAAAAAGGAAAAGAAAAAGAAGUCGAUUGUAUGAAGUGAUUAAGAAGAUAACGAUUAAGUUGUAAUUAUCAGUUUUAAUAAAUAAAAAUACCUAUAGUCCCUUG